GGUGUUUAUAAAUGCGAGUGUUUAAUAUUUAGCAGUUCUGUUCAUGUGUUAUGAGGAAGGUAUAGGUCAAAAUGUUUAUGUGGGAACGUUUUUCAUAGGCGAUAGCAAAUUUUCAGUAUACGAUGAGAUGUCUAGACAACUAAGGAGAAUGGGCUGGAAGUGUGUGAAGAAGUCACAGCUUACAAGUUGUGACUUCGUUUUAGGUGAUCGCUUCGCCAUUCCGUACCACCUUCUUCGCUGUGAAUCGCUUCCGGCACAUUCAUUUUUCCACGGAACUCGCUGGAUCAACUAUUUUCAGGGCUCUCAUAAAAUUACUCUGAAAGCUUCCAUGACAGAGAUCCUUCGCCAGGCUGACUCAACACACACUGAAUGGCUGCCAAGAUCAUUUGUGUUGGGUGGAGACCCAGAAAAAGUAUGUGAUGAGCGCGCACUAUUCGCCGAUAGUGCAAUCCGUGACCCAUCCGCUCUAUGGAUUAUUAAACCUAGUAGCGGUGGCAAAGGUCAGGAUAUCCUCUUGAUUCGCAGUACAGAAGUGGUGAAGUUCGUGGAGACAUUGAAGCCCACUAGCAAGCGUCGGUAUGUUGCACAGCUAUAUGUGGACCGACCUUUACUGGUUUCACAGAAUCGCAAAUUCGAUAUACGGGUCUGGGUUCUGUUGAUAAGCCCCAAUUAUACCAUUUUUGCCUUUUCUAAAGGAUGUUGCCGCACUGCGAGUAGUGCUUACAAUUUGUCAGACCUCACCAACGUGUCUUCCCAUCUUACGAAUCAUUGUCUUCAGGAUGGUCAUUUGGAUGACGGGGAGUACGAAGUGAGCAAUGAGAUAAGUUUUGACAAAAUAGAAUUAUAUGCUAAGAAAGAAAUGAAUGUUGAAUCACUACUAGGGUGCAUACUACCUCAAAUGACCAAUAUUAUUGUUCGCUCACUUUUGGCAGUGAAAACGCAGCUUGAAGUGUCUGAAAAUGAGCAAUUUCGCUGCUUUCAACUUCUAGGAUAUGAUUUUAUAGUUGAUGUUAACUUUAGAGUGUGGCUACUAGAAAUCAAUGGAUCACCUGGAGUAGCCGAGAGAUAUCUUGAGGAAUUAGUGCAAAAGAUGCAGGGAGUGCUGACCCGCACUAAGUCGGCGGCGUAUCCUGAGUCUUCUAUAUGGGAUGUCAAUAAGAGUGAAUUUGUUGAGCUUUGGCGUGAAGGCUACCCACUUCCAGAGGGGUUGAUACUUUGACUAAAA